UCACCAUGUCCAACCUCGCGGUGCCCAAUUCUGCCGCCGACGCCUCGUCUGACUCGGUCAGCAGGAAUGGGGCACCCAUCCGCCCCCCCGCCAGUGUGCCAGAGAUCACCGCGGUGCAGGGCCUCGUGCCCGUGCUUCAGUAGGUAUUCCACUUCUGUGCAACAGGAGGCGGGAUGUUUACUCUCAGGAACAUUGUCGCGACGGUCAACCUAGAGUGUCGGCUGGACCUCAAGACCAUUGCGCUGCACGCGCGUAAUGCGGAGUACAACCCGAAGCGUUUCGCUGCCGUCGUGAUGCGCAUCCGCGACCCGAAGACGACCGCCCUGAUCUUCGCAUCAGGCAAGAUGGUGGUGACUGGCGCCAAGUCUGAGGACGACAGCCGCCUGGCCUCGCGCAAAUACGCGCGCAUCAUCCAGAAGCUGGGCUUCGACGCCAAGUUUGCAGAGUUCAAGAUUCAGAACAUUGUUGGCUCUUGCGACGUCAAGUUCCCCAUCCGUUUGGAGGGCCUGGCCUUCUCCCACGGCGCUUUCAGCUCGUACGAGCCAGAGCUCUUCCCCGGCCUCAUCUACCGCAUGAUCAAGCCCAAGGUCGUGCUGCUCAUCUUCGUCUCGGGCAAGAUUGUGCUCACGGGCGCCAAAGUCCGUGAGGAGAUCUACAUGGCCUUCAACCAGAUCUACUCGGUCCUGGUCGGUGAGUUUGCGCGUCGCAUUCACCACCUCUGGGUCCCACUAACCUCAGAAUUCCGCAAGGAGUCGUAGAAAGACGGUUAGAAGUCUAGACCCACACCACCCCAUAUAUCAUCGCCGCCAGCACCACCUGUCGACCCGCCCCUCCCAGCAUCCGCAUCGCUCCAAGCGCCGCCGGCCUUGGCUCCACUCGUCGUUUUCCUAUUUUUUUUUUACUGGUCUUUGAAAUUGCGCUGGCAUGAGUCGUGUCUGUACCAUGUCAUGCAUCUAUACAUGUACGGGGUGCGCGCGG